AUGGGAAAUAUACAAAACACUCAACGCAAUAAAGAAGAACGUAUUCUUGAACAGCCUCAGCAAGGUGAAGCUAGUGAAUUCUACUGGGCUUGUCGUGACGGUGAUGUUGGACGUGUCACGCAACUUCUUAAUUCCAUCCCCUACGACAGUUUCAAUCGUCUUGAACUAAAUGGUAGUACACCACUACAUGCUGCUUCUUACUAUGGCCACUCGGAAGUUGUUCGUCUUCUCCUUCAUCAGCGUGGCUGCCGUCGUGAACAUCUCAAUCGACAUGGCCUCACAGCUUAUCAGGAAGCUCAAAAUGACGAAAUACGCCAGUUAUUUCAUCGCCCGGUAAUAAAAAUCGAUUUUCUGAUGGAAAUGAACAGAGCGCAGUCAGCAGAAAUUGAAAAGUAUCGAUUGUUAGUAGCUGAAUUGAGAAAUAUGUUGAAUCCACCAGCUUAUGUUACAAUUGUUCAAAGUGUCUUUGGUUCUGUUGGACCAAAAGAUAGUGAAGUUCUCAACAGAAUGAUUGAUGAACAUGUCACACAACAACAUCGUGAAUAUAAAAAGUGUAAGGUGGGUGACAAAAGUUCAUGA